AUGAAAUUUGUUCACAACAAUUGUUUCUUUCUCUUUGCCAUCAUUAUCAUUGGCAGUCAACUAUUAUUUAUUUGCACCGAAAGUUCAACAGUAAAUAUGGAUUCCAAUUCUCUUGAAUUAAACAAACGUUAUCGAUUCGAUAAAAAAGAUACAACAACAACAUCAAUCGAUAGUAAUGAAUCAAAUGAUAAUGACAACAAUGAUGAUUAUAUUCUAUUAUUGAAUAAACGAUAUCGUUUUGAUAAACGUUAUCGAUAUGACAAAAAACGAUCGAAUUUUGAUGGUAUUAACAAACGAUAUCGUUUUGACAAACGUUAUCGAUUUGAUUAA